GUGACCUGGGCACCUUCUCCUUCAUGUCACUGACCUGCCAGGAGCUGCUUUAGGAUAUGGAUCCCAAAGGAGCAAGAGGUACCAGGAAGCGCCGCUGAUCUGCACAGACCCCUUUGCCUGCUGCUGCCCCACAGGGAACAGGGAGCUGCUGAGGAGCCACAUGGUCCAUCCCUGGAUUCUCCAAGCGCUGAAUCCCCAGCCACUCUGACCACAGCCAGGGGACACAUCCCACUGCCUGCCCAGCGUCCAUCCAUGGAGGAGACCACAGUGUUCCCCCCUGCCAUCUCACCCAGUGAAGGAGACGAUCUCUGUGAGACAGAUCUCACCGAUGUUUCCAUACAUAGUGUGACACUGCUUAUCUGCCUCUGUGGGCUGGCUGGGAAUGGGGCUGUCAUCGGCCUCCUCAUCCUGAAAAGUGGCAACUAUGGCAUCUUUGACCUGGCUCUUGCCGACUUCCUCUUCCUUCUCCUCACAGUCCCCUCUGCCCUCCUCUUCCUGGUGGAGGACAUGUCCUGCUCUCCUGUCAUGCCCUUCCUGUACCUGCGUUUCCUUUUCCAGCUCUCAGUGGUCUCCUACUACUGGGGGCUGUUCCGGCUGACAGCCCACAGCUUAGGAAAGGACGUGGCCUCACUCUGCAAGCUCUGCUGCUGCUGCCAACUUCCCAAGCGCCUGAUGUGGGUGGUGUGGAGAGCCAAAUACUGGGUCUUUUUUGCUCUCUUCACUGUCAUUCCUGCAGCGACAUUCCUGUGCCCGUCACACGAGCAGAAGCAGUGCCGGGCAGCUCUCAUCUCCAUGUACUCCAUCAUCCUGCUCUUCUUUGUUGCACCCGUGGUCAUUUCCCGCACAAUCCUCCUCAUUAAGGCCAAGUGGGGCUCCCAGCAGCAGCAACCCAAGAGGCGUGACAUCGUUAUCGUCAUCAUUGUGUUCCUUACACUCAUUCUCAUCCUCUGCAAUUUCCUGCAGCAGCUCGGUUACAUCACUGUGUCCUCCCAGGUUGUUUUUCUGCUCUCCUGCAUCCACAGCAGCAUCAAACCCUUCAUCUACUUCUUGGCAGGGCAGUGCUGGAGGCCCUGCUCGAUGGGGUCCCUCCGGCUCUCCCUCCAGAGGGUCUUUGAGGAACCAAAAGAAAAAACUGCUGGCAGAAAUUAUGUCCCCAGCCUGCUGACCCCUUCCUGCUCUGCUGAAGGACCCCAGGAGAGUGGCUGAAGGUUUCCUUGACUCACCUGAUGAAUAAAUAUCCACGGGAUCACCCUCUCUGUGGUGGUGUAUUCCUACAGGAGAAGGGAGCAGGAGCAUUGCCUUGGGUUAUUUUUGUGGAAUGCUCUGCAGGGAGUACUGCCAUGAAGCAUGGCUUUCCUCCUCCCUACUGCAUCCCCAUGGCUCCAAGCAGUGCAGCUGGGCUAAGUGCUGUUCCCCAGCUCCAUUCCCCAUGGGAUGCUCCUCAUGGCCUCAGCCCCAGGGAAUGAACUCCAUCUCCCUUGGCUCAGCAGAUGAGUUUGAUGGUGUUUUAAGGGAGAUCUUGCCUGCAAAGAAUGGGACACCUUAAUCCCUGAGGACACCCCCAGCACGGAAUAGCAGUGAUUUCCCAAAUCCCUGUGGGGCUGGUGCCUCUGGAUGGCAGGAGAGGGGUUGGAAUCACAUGCAGCAUCCUUCCCCUUCUGUCUUUUUUUUGAAUUUUCUUUUAAGCUUUGGAGUUUUUCUAAUACUCUGUAUUAGAGUACUGUCUUCAUGCUGAAAUUUGUAAUGCUGAUCUCUGACCAUUGUGGGCAGUCACAGCCUGAAGCGCUGCACAGGCUCCAGGAAGGCGGGACGGAGGUGGAAAAAUGGAAAUAUGUUGGAAAAGUGGAAUGGGUCUGAAUGUGGGGGCAUGGAUUACCAGGGGUGGCUUACCAAGAGGGUACAAUGCUGUUACUAAUUUAGGCAGUGUGGCCCUGGCCAUGCCUCUGGCUGUGAGCGGGCACUGAGCACUGUUCCUUCCACCUUGUUACUUGUUGUACUUCAACAAACUUCUAAAAAUUCUAAAAAGUGAGGCGUUGUUUCUCAAAACAAAGAAAAAGAACACUUGAUUCGUAUGGAAAACAAAAAAAAUCAAGAUCAACAACACUGAAGCUGUGGAACUCUAUGGAAGCCAAAGAUGUAAAACCACUUCCGACUGCCCUGUGAUUGCACCGAGCCCUGGGAAAACAGCAGGACAGGACACACAGAGAGGAGCAAGCAGGAUGAGAAUGGGGAGCUCCUGGUGAUCUGGGCACUUUCUCCUUCAUGUCCCUG